AUGUCAUUCUCUGUAAAAGUCGAAGUGACCGUUUCAAUACCUUCUAAACAGAUGACUGGAAGAUACCAGAGCAGCUUUCAUCGCGAACCACAGAAACCGUAUGUGCAUCAGAGCGAGAUCACCGAAAGACGGCCGAGAUCACCAGGACCUGUUGCUGGAGCUGGAGAAAUUACAAACACAAGUCAUGGAUUCACAAUUGAAAUCGACGUAUUCCAUUUCCUUCCGGAAGAAAUCAAAGUGGUUUUGACAGAUGACACAUUGAGUAUUUCUGGUGAACGUUUUGAGUCAACCGGAGAUGGACACACUCUUCGAAGAAGCUUCUCGAGAAAGUACUCUAUCCCAGAAGACGUUCAUUUGGACACAAUCAGAAGUCAUCUCACCAAUUCGGGAGUUCUCAUCAUCAACGGAUCCCGUAAAGGAUGGCGUGAGACAAGCAUUUCAACCUACCAACCAACCCAAAGAAACCCUUCCAGAAGUGUAACUUCAAUCGUUUAA